AUGGAGCAAAAUCUUAAGCUCUCUUUAGAUGACCCUUCAACAUUGGUUGAUCCAACUAUCUAUAGGAAACUUGUUGGUAGUUUGAUUUAUGCUACAACUACCCGUCCGGAUAUUUCUUUUGCUAUUGGAGUGCUUUCAAGGUUUAUGCAACAACCUAGAGAAACUCAUUGGUUAGCUGCCAAGCACAUUCUUCGCUAUUUGCAAGGUACUCAGCACUAUGGGCUCAAAUACUCCAAAAGAAACCAAUUUUCUUUGGUUGGCUAUUCUGAUUCCGAUUAUGCAGGUGAUUCUACAGAUGGAAAAUCUACAUCCGGAUAUUUAAUGUAUCUUGGAUCUGUUGUCAUCUCUUGGAGAUCUAAAAAGCAAUUUGUUCCAGUUGCCUCUUCUUCCGAAGCUGAAUAUAUGGCCACCUUUGAAGCAACUCGAGAAAUCUUAUGGUUUCGAAGAAUUCUUGAAGACUUGCAGACACCACAAAUUUCAUCGAUUCCACUCUUCAUUGACAAUCAAUUUGCUAUCAAAAUGGCUAAAAAUUCAGUAUUUCAUGAUCACACCAAGCACAUCAAUACAAAGUUUCAUUUGAUUUGGCAUUAUGUGAAAGAUGGCACCAUAUACCUUAAAUAUUGCCCCACUGCACAUCAACCAGCAGAUAUUCUUACCAAGGCUUUGGGCAGAGAAAAGAUUGAGAAGUUCAGAGAAAUGCUCGGCUUAACCCCUUCAGUUUAA